UUCUCUCACAAUACGGCCAGCAUGUGAAUGAGGAUACAACUGUCUCUCAACCACAAGUCCAACUCUCUUCCAAGUGUCAACAACUACAGACAUCAGCAAUGGAAACCUCUCGCUCCCCUUCACCCCAGUUUGCCCCACAGAAGCUGACAGACAAGCCUCCCAUGCUUAUCCAAGAAGACAACUCAGCAAGAAUCGAGCGGGUGAUGGACAACAACACCACCGUGAAGAUGGUGCACAUAAAAAUUGUGCACUCAGAAAGCCAGCCCGAGAUGGAGAGCCGACAGAGUCUCACAUACGCAACUGAGCUUCCCACACUGUCCAGUGGGCUGGAGAGGGACCAGAUAAAGUCAUUGAGCACAUCAGAGCAGUGCUAUUGUCGCUUCUGUGUGUAUACACGACAGGAGGUUGAAACCCCUCAGAGAUCCCGCCCUCCAGAAUCCUGGCCACCCAGCACCCCUGCACCUCCUGUCAGAGAUAGCUGUUCCUCCCCUCCCUCGCUCAACUAUGGGAAGGCCAAGGAGAAGACCGUGGAUGACUUGAAGUCUGAAGAAAUAGCCAGAGAGAUUGUGGGAAAGGACAAGUCAUUGGCUGACAUCCUGGACCCCAGCGUGAAGAUCAAAACAACCAUGGAUCUGAUGGAGGGAAUUUUCCCCAAAGAUGAGUACCUCCUGGAGGAAGCUCAGCAGCAAAGGAAGCUGCUUCCCAAAGUCCCCGCACCCAGAGUCACAGAGGACAAGAAACAGGACCCAGGUGUGCCAGGGGUCGUGUCCUUGGCCACCAAUUCUACCUAUUACAGCACGUCAGCCCCCAAGGUAGAACUGCUUAUCAAGAUGAAAGACCUACAGGAUCCUGAGGAGUAUUCAGGGGGUGACUUGGACCAUGACCUAUCAGUUAAGAAGCAAGAGCUCAUCGACAGUAUCAGCUGCAAGCUGCAGGUACUCCGGGAAGCCCGUGAGAGCCUGCUGGAGGACAUCCAAGCUAAUAAUGCUCUGGGGGAUGAGGUGGAAGCCAUUGUGAAAGAUGUCUGCAACCCCAAUGAGUUUGACAAGUUCCGGAUGUUCAUUGGAGACCUGGACAAAGUGGUGAACCUCCUGCUGUCUCUGUCAGGCCGCCUGGCCCGUGUGGAAAAUGCCCUCAAUAAUUUGGAUGACAGUCUUUCUCCUGGAGAUCGACAGUCACUGUUGGAGAAACAGAGAAUUCUAACCCAGCAGCAUGAGGACGCCAAAGAGCUUAAAGAGAACCUAGACCGUCGUGAGCGCAUUGUGUUUGACAUCCUGGCCACCUACCUCAGCGAGGAGAACCUGGCUGACUAUGAGCACUUCGUGAAGAUGAAGUCAGCCCUCAUCAUUGAGCAGAGAGAGCUGGAAGAUAAAAUCCACCUGGGUGAAGAGCAGCUCAAGUGCUUGUUCGACAGCCUGCAGCCUGAGAGAAGCAAUAAUGCCCUGUUAAUGCCAAAUACGUCCCUAUGGUGCAUGAGAGGAAAGACCCUGGUGAUUGAGCCAGGCAUGGGCUGCUGUGUGUUCGGUCCUUGUUCAUUCAACAAUGCAAGCAUUCACUGGGCUAUCAUCAUGAUGUUCUCUGACCCAGUAAAAAUCAGUGAUGAUGAUAAUUUAUUGAUGUGUGAGAAACAUGAAGUUUCCUAG